GUGCGGGCGGUUGCUGCUGCUGCUUCUUGGACCGGAGGCAGAGCCCCUGCUCGGGCUCUUCCUCGUCCUCGGGCGGCUGCAGAGGAAGAGGAGCUGCUCGGGGUGGUUGCUGGCGUGCGUGUGCUGAGCGGCAGCAGGCAGAGGAACAGAGGAGGAGCACUAGUGGAGAAAAGGAGUGCGUGCGUCCUGCGUGCGCUGUGGUGCUGCUGAGCGGAGAGUAGAAAGGGGAGUGAUCGAGAGGAGAGGAGCUGCUGCUGGGCGCUGUGGUCCUGGAGGCUGCGUGUUUGCUGCUGCUGACUCUGUUGCUGCUACUGCUGGUGCUGCUGAGGGGGAGAAGGAAGAGGAGGUGCUGGAGCUUAUUCCUGCGAGGAGCUGCUGCUGGUUGGAAAGAGAAGAAGAGGUGUUGCUGAGUUUUGCUGUUGCUGCUUAUCCCGCCAAACAAUGGCUGAACCAACUGGUCUUGCCAAGGCUUUGGAGAAGCUCGCUAAGAUCCUCGCGGAGUCCAACUCUGGGGCCAUCGUUCCUCGACAGGGAGUGGCUCAAAAGCUUGAAAUGUCGCCCCUGGACAUGAAGCUAGAGGGGGCAACAAAUUAUUUGAGCUGGUCCAGAAGGGCUUUGUGGGCUGUGGAGCAGAAGGAGCUUGAUGGAUAUUUGUUGGGCACCGUUGUAGAACCAAGGGACAAGAGUAGUGCAGAGGGCAAGAGGUGGAAGGUCAUCCACUCUGUACUUAUGGUGUGGUUGUUGAACUCCGUGGUGCCCUCCAUUGGACGCUCUGUGGAGGGGCUAUCCUCACCUGCUGAGAUAUGGAAGAUUCUGUCCACUCAAUACUCUGGCAAGGGCAAUGUCAUGCUCAUUGCUCAGAUUGAGGACAAGAUUAGGUUGCUGCGUCAAGAUGAUGGCAUGUCAGUGAUGACAUACGUGGCAGAACUGCAGGCUCUGUGGGCUGACCAGGAUAACUGUGAUCCCUUGGAACUCUAUGAUGCGGCUUCAAUCGAGUCAGGGCAUAAGUGGAUGGCACGCAGGCGUGUGCUGAAAUUUUUGGCUGGCCUCAAAGGUUGCUUUGAUGGCAGGAAGGCUUCCCUGUUGCACCAACCUAGUCUGCCUACCAUUCCUGAGGCUAUUGCAGCGAUGACUCAAGAGGAGGUGCGCCUAUCCCUUGAGCAUGCAAACAUGAAGGUUGUGCCAGCUUCGACAUUUGCAGUCACUGAGCGCAUGGAGUGGGGAGAUCCCACCAAAUGUCAUAUCUGUGGGGAGGUAGGUCACUGGAAGAGAGAAUGUCCAACUCGUGGCAGAGGCAGGGGAUAUAACAGAGGGGGAGCAGGCAGAGGUAGAAGUGCUAGAGGCAGAGGUGGAUACUCAGAGACCUCAUGGAGCCAGGCUUCUAGAGGUAGAGGUGGCUACUCGACACUCAGGGGGUCAGAGGGCUCACAUGGCCGUUGCAGGAGACACUGGGACGUCCAAAGGCAAAGAUGUAGAUGAUGUUGUCUAUGGAGACUUUGCUCACUGGGCCUCCACUGAUGAAGGUGCGACAGACGAGCCAGACGGUUGGGACUGGCACCAGGCGUAGGGGGCUCUGGUACAUGGACCAGGAGGUGCAGCCGGACUUGGUGUGUGCUGCGACCAUGGAGGAUAAGGAGAAGCAGGCGAUGAUCCAUCAU